UGUCAAGUUCAAGCCUUGAGGUAGUUGGAUUGGAAUUGAAACAAUGACAAAGGAUUUGUGAAUUGCAGCCAAAUAGAAUCGCUUCUGUUCAUCGCUGCUCAGACCCCCGGCGUCUUGUGUUUUGUGUGUGUGUGUGUGUGUGUGUGUGUCAACCAUUACUUUUCUCCAGUCUCCGGGUUUCGGAGCCCGCAGUUGCCAUUGGAAAGCGGACACGCUGUGCAGCUUUAUGUGCCAUCCUUGGCAGCUGGAAGUGUUGCAUGUUACCUCGCCCUCUUGCCCGAUGGCCAGGACAGCUGCUCAGGCUGCUACUGCUGUGGUCCUCAGAGUCUCCGGUCACCUUUCCGCAUGGCCGAGGGGAAGAGCCCCGGGCUGGAGGAGCAGGCGGCUCCCGAGGGCAGGCAGUGGAUCGCCGCCUGUCUCUGUCUUAUCAUCAUCCUGACCACAGCGGGCAACUCUCUCCUCAUCCUCCUUAUCUUCACACAGCGCUCUCUCCGCAACACUUCCAAUUAUUUCCUGGUCUCCCUUUUCAUGUCUGACUUGAUGGUGGGGUUGGUUGUGAUGCCUCCGGCUAUGUUGAACGAACUGUACGGGAGAUGGGUGCUGGAGGGUGAGCUGUGCUCGGUCUGGUACUCCUUUGAUGUGAUGUGUUGUAGUGCUUCCAUCCUGAACCUGUGUGUGAUCAGCCUGGACAGAUACUUCCUCAUCAUCUCCCCUCUCAAAUACAAACUACGGAUGACCUCUUGCCGAGCCCUCGUCCUCAUUUUCACCACCUGGACCCUGGCCGCCUUGGCUUCGUUCCUGCCCAUCGAGAUGGGUUGGCAUGAGAUGGACUUUGAUGCCCAGGCGCUCAACUCCACGCUAGAGCUGCGGGAGGAGGCGGCUCAGUGUCGCCUCCUGGUCAGCCUGCCCUACGCUCUCAUCGCCUCGUCCCUCACCUUCUUCCUGCCUUCGGUUGCCAUCUCCUUCACCUACUGCCGGAUCCUGCUGGCGGCCAAGAGGCAAGCGGUGCAAGUGGCUUCCCUCACCACUAAUGUGGCGACCACCUCUGAUGAGCCAGCGCAGCCCCGGGGAACUCAGAAUCCAUCAGCCAGAACCAGCGACAGCAGAAAAUUCACCACCAAACACAGUAAGAGGGCUCUAAAGGCGAGCCUGACCCUGGGGGUCUUACUGGGAAUGUUCUUUGUGGCAUGGCUGCCGUUCUUUGUGGCCAAUGUAACGCAGGCGGUGUGUGAGUGUAUCCCUGCUCUUCUCUUUGAUGUCCUGACCUGGCUCGGUUACUGUAACAGUACAAUGAACCCUAUCAUCUACCCUCUCUUCAUGCGGGAUUUCAAGCGGGCCAUGGCCAAGUAUUUGCCCUGUUGCCGCCGCUGGUGGGAGCGGCGACCGAGUGUCGUCUCCUUGUCCAUGAGAAACUCCAACAGUGGCCCCCGUUUGGGUCUGGCCCCAGAGACGGGUUCGGGCGAGUCGGUGAUCCAGGUGAACGAACACACCCUCCAGGCAGCCAGCAAGGACCAGCAAGGGGCCGGGGAGAAGGAGAUGGAGGCCACCGGAGAGGAUUCACUGCAGCUCUUCGAGUUGGAGCACACUGACCAGGAAUUCCAGGGUAACCCGCUGAACACACCGAUGGUCUAGGGGCGCAUUUAGAGACCACCCAGUGAUGGGGUCCGUUCCUCCCAGCCCCCCAACCAACCCCGAUCCAGAACUAGCCAGCCCUGCCCUAGACCGGACCGUCAGUGAAAUCCAGACAAGGGAGCCGCCUCAGACCUCUGGUACAGCUCUAGGGCAGCCCGCUGAGUGAAACAGGACCCCAGGGAGACAGCACCUGCCUCCCAUUAGCUCCUCCAUCCCCCCGCCCUGUGAGCAGGAGAAAGGACUCGAACGCCCACCUCCCCAUGGACUGGAGCGAGAGAGAGAAGCCCCCUCCUCGAGACGACAGACAGCCUCUCCCCCCAUGGACUGGAGAGACAGACAGAGAGUUAGAAAGUGACCCCUCCCAUGCACAGCAAGCUGCUCCCCGCCCCAAUGGACUGGGGACACAACCCCCCUCUCCUCCCCUCAAUGGACUGGAGAGACAGCCCCCUCUCCAAUGGACUGGAGUCAUAG